ACACAUAAAAUAGUUUUUUUCGGCAGUCCCGCUUCUCCAGUCUUUAAUCAAUUUUUAAAAUUUAUUUUCAUAUCUCCUAAUCCCAAGGGCGUAGCCAGGGGGUUGAUUUCGGGGGGGGGGGGGGGGGGGUAAAAUAUGAAUGUUCGUAUAAGGAUGUAGUACAAAAAUUAAGAGAUGAUUUCCAUUGGCAUUAAUAUUUUUAAAUUCCAGGCCACCAAGAAACAACGUUUUUCAAUUUUUUACCAAGUCGCCCUUUCCCUUGCUAUAGCUGAAGAAAGAUAUAGUUUUGAGCAUCGAGAUCUACAUUACAGCAAUAUAUUAAUCAGCGAAGUUACUACUAGAGAAAGAGAACGUCGAGAUAAAAUUUGUUAUUACUACAAUGGUGAAAAAAUUGAAGUCCGUUCUCAUGGUGUACAUGCUUCAUUAAUCGAUUUCAACAAUUCUCGGAUGACAGAUGAUGUUACAAGACAGUCUGUUUUUGUUAAAUUUGCUGUUAAACCAUAUAAAAAAGGAGAUGAUUAUCAAUUCAAAAUUUACCCAAUGAUGAAAAAACUAAAUGAUGAUGAUUGGUCAACAUUCCAUCGCAAAACAAAUCAUUAUUGGCUACAUUACCUUUAUGACAAAUUAUUUAAAGACAGACGUUUUACACUGAAAGAACGAGAAGAUUUCGAAAAGAUUUUUGGUCGUUUAGUAUUAAAGACAGAAGAAGGAGGAUUUGAAACAACUAAAGAUUUUUUGGAUAAUGAAGAAGUUAGAGAAAUAUUUGAUCAUUACGUUUUUUGAAAAGGUUGAAGAAUUUUUUUUUUGAAUUUUAUUUAUUUUUAGAAUUUUUUUUUUGAUUUUAUUGUGUGCAAAAAUUGGGUUUUAAUUUAUUUUUUUUUGUAUAAAUUUUUUUGAUUCUUUUAAUAAUUUUUAAAAAAAUUUUCAAAAAUGUUUAUUCAUUUUUUAUACCUUUUUAAAAGCGUUUCUGGCUGAUUUAGAUGAUAUUUUCAUGAUUUGGGAUUUCUUUGUGCUCUUCUAAAAAAGUCCGCAGGUUUUGUCCGCAAGUCGUUAGCUGUUUAUUUAAAUGAAGGAAUUAUUUUGGAGGAAAAGUUUGACGAGGUUAUUUUUUUUAUUGAAAGUAUGUUUUUUAGAUUACUUUUUGUAAAAUAAAAGGGACAGAUUUGCGGAUAAAGCUUGCGGAUUUUUUGAAGGGUAGCCUGACAAUAAGGACGGACAUAUG